CCCCCGCCAUGGGCUGCGAGAGCAGCAAGAGCUGCUCGACCAUCAACAGGGAGUACACCCCAGAGAAGGUGUACAGCCCAGUGAAGGUCCACGUCAGCCCCGAGUCCGAGUCUCCCGCGGAGAUGCCCGCGGGCUGGCCGGCCCCACGGCCCAGGAUGCAGGAGCAGAAGGUCCGCGGCGCAGACGAGGCGGAGGCAGGCGGCGCUCAGGGGAGCUCGGACUGCUGA